UAAUACACAAUGAAUGUCAGAGUUCUUUGCAAUGUCAAAUCUUUUUGGAUAAAACAGCAAACAACUGUCCUUUGACAGCAGUAAGUCGGAAAGGGGGCCUCGAACGUUGAGCCUGAAUGGAUGGAAAGGGGGGCCCUUUUUAUACUUAAAUAUCUCGGAUGUGGAUGCUUUUUUUGCGACGUCAUACCGUGUCAUCCGUCGGUGGUAGCAAAAUAGUGUCCCAAAUAUUGUAAUUUUAAAUGCACUGAUUUACAAUGCAGUGCCCUUGACGAGGUUUAAAUGUAGGGAAUAAUGAGUGAACCAGGGAACACUUGUUUAACACUUGUUCAAACUUCUGCCUUCCUUGUCAUGACGUAAUUUAUUUAAACUUUGUUAUUGUACAUGGGCAACGAUACAUUGUGCCAGUGAAAGACAGAAGGACGGGAGCAAAGUAAAGUUGCAUCCCCAGUGUUGCCUUUCUGUCAAGUUGCAUGUACUUUAGCCUCACUGGGGACUGUCAUCUGUUGAACUGUUAGCUUUACUGAAGAGCUAGCUACUGUAGCAUGCCAACUCUGGACGUGAAGAGGGCUGAGGAUGCCGCUCGAGAUAUCAGAAUGGAAACAGACACCGGAGAACUCGUAAUUCAAUACCUUGACCUUGCGUCCCUGACAUCUGUGCAUAGGUUCUGUGAAAAUGUAACUAAGGAGGAAUCCAGAAUAGAUGUGCUGAUCAACAAUGCUGGAAUCUACCAGUGCCCAUACUCCAAGACAGAGGAUGGCUUUGAAAUGCAGUUUGGGGUUAAUCACCUGGGCCACUUCCUCCUAACUCACCUCUUGAUGGACCUCUUGAUGAAAUCAGCUCCCAGUCGCAUCAUUGUAGUUUCUUCUAAGCUAUACAAAUAUGGUCAGAUAAACUUUGAGGAUCUAAACAGUGAUAACAGCUAUGACAAGGCUUUAGCCUAUGGCAGAAGUAAGCUAGCAAAUCUUCUGUUCACUUGUGAGCUAGCCUGUAAGCUUAAGGAGACAGGAGUCACAGUCAAUGCCUUAACUCCAGGUUUAGUACGAACUAACCUAGGAAGACACGUCAGUAUUCCUCUCCUGGCCAAGCCCCUAUUCAACAUGGCCUCCAGAGUGUUCUUUAAGAGCCCAGAACAGGGUGCUCAGACCUCUGUCUACCUGGCCUGCUCCCCUGGCGUGGAAGGGGUUUGUGGGAAGUGCUUUGCAGACUGUAAGGAGCAGUCUCUUUUGCCAAAGGCUACAGACGAAGAGGUGGCACGGAAACUGUGGGACAUUAGUGAAGUCAUGGUGGGGCUAACAACGUAGCAGACCAGCUUUGGUAACUAAACGACCAACGCUUUGGUAACUAAGGUUCCUGAGAGUUGAGUGCUUUACUGGAGUGAACAUUUACAUUUAGCAAAUCUUGGAAUGAAAAUUAAAAUGUACAGAUGAUCUGUAAAAUUCCAGUUGGUGUCAACCUCAGAUGAAACCCAAUAAUCAUAAAUUGAAUACCAAAUAAAUACAAAGUGGAUGCAGUGUUUGUACAGUAAAAUAUUGUGAAUUUCUGUAAAUGAGCAGCAAUUUAAAUUACUAAACUUUAAGGAGCAUUUAACAAAUUAGGAUGUAUGCAAACUUCAUGGAUCUUAACUGGCUUUUCAAAUGCAUUUUUUGUGAACAAAUGUAGACAUUCUCAGAUAAUCAAAAUACAGUUUCUUUCUCAAGUUGAUACACACAGUGUUAUAGAUAUUUGUCUCUUGUGAAAAGGUUUAAAAGAAGUAAUCUGUUUUGGGGAGAAAAUUGUUUAUGGUAGCUAAAAAUGGUAGCAUAAAAAAUAUUACCAUGUUCAAUUGACAUCUUUGUUUCAUCAAAUAAUAAAAGUUUAUUGAAACCACCUAAAGUUACUUUAAAAGCCUAGUUUCUCAUAAAUGUAAGGCUUGAUACGCAGACAUGGAUAAUUGAAUAAUUGUUGUUGACUAUAGGCUCAUUUGCAGUACAGAAUUGCCCUUGGAAAGAAAAUAGAUUCUUCGUUGGUCAGGGAUUAGUUAUACCUCAAUCAGCCAUAGUAGCUGCUAGUCUUGAAUGCAAAUGUUCCAAUAUUACUUAAGAAUGUUUUCUCUCUUUCUGAGGUAACGGGAGAAACCCCUUGGAUUUGUAAUGUAUUUUUCACCUGCAAUCUCCAUUAGUGCAUUUUAUGGAUCAUUAAUAAAGAGCACAGGACAAUCCAUAAAACA